CUCUCACGCGCGUGUGUGGCUCUGUGUGUGUGUGCACGUGUGUGAGUGUGAGCGUGUGUGUGUGUGUGUAUCCGUGCGUGUGAGCGUGUGUCGUGAGAAGGCGAGUGCCGUGCCCGCGUGUGUGCGUGUGCGCGUGCGUCGUCUGCCCGCGUGCGAGCGCGUGUGCCUGUGUGUUGGCGCGCGCGCGCCGGCACGUGUGCCGCCCAAUCCACCCUCCCCCUCCGCCCCCUUCGUCUCCGCGCCCGGGCACCCCCGCACAGAUCGCGUCCCGUCCUCCCCCCCUGCGGACGCGCUCCCGGCCGGUUCCCCCUGCGCUUUGUUCCGCCCAUUUCUCCCCUCCCCCGCAUCGGCGCUUGGUCCUCGCUCACCGCGUCGACAUGAAAAGUAUAUGCGUGCAGUGGGAGCCCUCAGGUCGCCUGAGGUGCUACUCGCCGCGGAACCUGGCAUCCAUCUUGCAGCUGAUGGGGUUCCCGGCGGAUGUGGCCGCCGACGCCGGGGACUUUGUCUUCCGGCAUCUGCCCGGCGCGGCCCACACCUCGACCCACGAGCAGAGCGUCGUCUCCCUGUCGGCCGAGGCCCUGGGCAGCCUGCUCGAUGAGGCCCUCCUCCGGGCCGGCUUUACCAACCCCCGGCGCUUGGCGCACUUCGCCGUGGCGCGGAAGCUCUUCGACCGGGACAUUGCCUUCUGCGUGCUGCUUGGCGGGACCAGCGGCUGCGGCAAGUCCACCCUGUCCAGCCUGCUGGCGCACCGCCUCGGGGGCCCGGGCGGCGGCGGCAGCGGCGUGGCCACGGUCCUCUCGACCGACAGCCUCCGGCAGCUGGUGCGGUCGCACCUGGCCGACGCCGAGGAACACCCCCCGGCCGCCGGGGCGGGCGGUCCCCGGGGCGGCAUGGCCGGCCCCGGUGUCGGUGGCGCUGUCGCCGCCCCAUCGGCCGCCCCAUCGGCCGCCGCCGCCGCCGCCGCCGCCGCCGCCGCCGCCGCCGCCGAUGCGGCCCCCCCUCUCACCUCGAUGGGGCCCCACCCCUCGGCGCCGGGGUCGGGCUCCGCCUCCGCCUCGUCCAUCUCCCCCGGGUGCCCACCGGCGGCGGUUCUCAUGGCCUCGAGCUAUCGCGCCGGGCGCUUCCUGGCCGAGGACGAUCCCCGGCCGGCGGCCCUGCAGAAGGACCUCCAGCAGCAGCCGCCCCCCUAUCGCCGGCAUUUGAGCCAUGAAAGUUGCCGGGUGCUGGUCGGGCACCAGGCCCAGUCGGACCACCUGGCGCCGUACCUGGAGCGUCUGCUCCGCCGCCAUGCCGGCCGCGGGGAGAGCCUUGUCAUUGAGGGGGUCCAUGCCAGCGUGGAUGUGGCCAUGCGCCUGAUGGCCUCGGCCCCGGCGGACCUUGUCGUGGUGCCGACCAUCAUCUUUGUUCCCGGGCAGGAGCAGCAUGCCGCCCGGUUUGCCGUCCGGGCCAAGCACAUGUCCGUCGACCCGGGCAUCAACAAGUAUGUGGCCAACAUCGAGGCCAUCCGCCUGAUUCAGCAGCACCUGCUCCUGACGGCCGCCCGGCGGGGCCUCCCCUGUAUCAGUAACACCAAUGUCGAGCAGAGCGUCGGCCUGCUGCAUGACAUCCUCCUGGCCGCGGUGGCCGGGGCCCUCGGGGACCAUGCCACCGCGGUGGAGAUCUGCCUCGGGCAAGGGGCCGCCCAGCGGUCGGCCGGUGCCACGGUGGCCCGGCAUGCGCGGCACCAUGCCUCGGCCGCGGCGGCCCUGGCGACCGGGGGCGCGGCGCGGCGGCCCGCUCCGGCGCUCAUCUUCGCCCCGGGGGCCAGCGCGGUGCCCGGGCUCCGGCCGCUGGCCCGCUUGCUGGCCCUCGGCGGCCCGGGCCCCGGGGAUGACGGCCCGUCGCCGCUGGCUCCGGCCGCGUCCGCGGCGGCCAGUGGUCCCGGCGAGGGGGCCGACCACCAGCCGCCCCCCUUGGCGGCGGUGGGGUCGCCCCCGGUGGUGGUGGUGGCUGCGGCCGCGGCGGCGGCGGCGGCCCCCGCCGCGGCGGGGGGGUCUCCCUUUGCCACGACCACGGCCGCUGUUGCGGCGGCCGUGGCCGCGGCCGAGUCGCUGGUCGCCGCGGCGCCGAGCGCCGGGGGCGGCCCGGGCCCCGGGGGUGCCUCCCGCCAGCAGCCGGCCUCCGAGCCGGCCUGCUUCAUUCCGGUGUCCUCUGCCGUGGCGGCCGGGCACUGA